GCGCCCACGAAUUUCGGUUCAUUUAGGAUCCAACACGAUGAGCGGGAGGAAACGGAAUGAAGCGCGCAUGGAGCUUCAGGAACUCCAGAUGGACCUAAAGGAGAACCUGGCUGACGUCGACGAGGUGGCAUCGGCGACCCCGGAGAAGGGUCGACGAGGGCGGCGCAAGAGCGCAAAGUACGAGGCCGUGGCGUACAGCAAGGACGACGAAGUGUCCGACGACGAUGGCGACGGAGCCGCGGAAAAGGAGACGCGCCGCAAGACGAUGGCGCGAGAGAUGAACACGAUCCGCAAGGAAUUCACGCUGGAAGUGAUCUUGGGUCGACGCAUCCACCCGAAGACGGGGUCGUUCGAGUACCUGUGCAAGUUCGAAGCCUUGUCACACCUGCACAUGCGAUGGUUAACGUACGAAGAAGUCGAGCUGUUUUUUCCCGCAGGUCACAUCAAGCGUAACAAGGUCCAAGCGUACGACAAGAAGUGUCUGCAGGGUGGAUACACAGACACGGACGAAGUCGACGACCUCGACAUUGGCAACGCCACCGUCGAAACGAUCUUGAGCCACCAAGCCGGCGUGUCCAACGAAAGCUUGGACAAGAAGCUCGACGACCGACGACUCAACGUCCCGUACGCUCGCAAGUACCCGCGCGUCACAGACAUCUACCUCGUCCAACACCACGACGCUGUCAUGGAGCGAUGUCGCGGCAUCCUGCGGCGCCUGAUGGCUGAGCCCAGCGCAGAACCAUUCUUGCACCCCGUCAAUCUAUCGGACGCACCAGGCUAUUUGGAUGUGAUUUACAACCCCAUUGAUUUCGGCACCAUCCUCGGCCGCUUGAAAAAGGAAGUGUAUUAUUCCGGGCCAAUCGCCGUCGCGUUGUUUGCAUCGGACAUGCGCUUGGUGUUUGCCAAUUGCAAAGAAUUCAACGCGGAAGGGUCCGAUAUUGUCGUGACCGCCGACCAUUUGGCCAAAGACUUUGAGAAGAUGUUUUACGAGUGGGUCAUAUGUCCAUCGGCGUGGAAGUUGCUGCCGUCCACGGGCGACGCCGCGGAAGACGCCGACAUUCUCGCGCAGUUCCACUCGGAGAUGGAGGCUUCGGUAGCCACGUGGCAGCCGUGGGAGGCAGGGUGCUCGACCUGCCAGCGCAACGACCAGCUCGAACACAUGCUCCUGUGUGAUCGAUGCGAUAACGAGCUGCAUGUGCACUGCUUGGACCCGCCGCUGGACGGCGCGCCCGAUGACGAGUGGUACUGUCCAUUUUGCGAGCUCCGGACCUCGUACGAAGCCAUGUGUCUGCCAAAAACCACAUCUGAUGAAGGCCAAGAUGGCGGCGGGAUCGACACGCUGUCACAACAAACCCCCCAUCACCACCACGGACACGGAGGAGUGACCCCGACCUUUCCCCUCGUCUUGUCGACCCCUGGUGCCCGCGGAGACACGAAAUUUCUACUCGACGCAGACGUGCGGACGACAGAGUCGCGGCGGCAGUCGCUCCGCCUCUUUGGCAACCACACCAUGUUCCUUGUGCAGUGGAAAGGGCUGUCGAUUCGAUGCUCGACGUGGGAGCGCGCCGAGGACAUUGGCGACGACGACGCGAUCGUGCGGUACUUCAAAACCACCAAAGUGCCCACAGACAAGGAGAUCGCCCAAACAACGUGCCAAUUGCCAUGUUGUGCCAAGGCAAACAAUGGCAAGAACCAACAACAGCGUCCUCCCUCGGAUGGCACUAUCCUGGCCAGUCGUUGCGCGUUGGAUCGGUUUUGUACGCUGGGCGCCGGCCACGACGGCAUGUGUGACCGCGCGUCGACGGCGCUCACGAGCUCAGCGGCAGCGGCGGUCGUGGGCACGCCCGCAUAUACGCAUCAAAAACAUAUCGAGCAGAUCCGCGCCCAACUGUUUGCGUUUCACUGUUUGCUGCAUCAUCACGCGCCUGAUAUUCGAGUGCUCAAGCAGUGCGGCGCGGCCACGGUCGCAUAUGCAUGGGCGAAAGAAUUGGGGCAAAAGGGAGCGAGUAGUACCAAACAAUCGAAAGACGAGGACCAGGAUUACUCGGAAGGAGAGGACGAAAGCAGCGACGACGACGACGAAGACGACGACGACGACGAUGAUGAUAUCAUGCCUCAAGUGCACAUGCCAGCAUACUCGCAGCUGUUUUUGGAGCCCGAACAUCACAAUCCCCCAUCUUGUUCCAAGGCUUUGACCGAUGACUCGGAUCGAUCCCGCAAGCUCGUGGCGUUGCCGCCAGCCACCCAAGUGGCGUCCGUGCUAGCGGCUAUGGUGGAACACGUGGCACUUGGCUACGAAGCGACAUUGGUGCGCGUCCCCCCCAAGGUGAAGAAACCGCCCCCGGUCCCCCAAGUGGACAUGACGUCGUGGAGCCACUUCCACAUGGACACGUUUGGCCCACACCUUCGGUACACAGAGUACUAUGUGGCGAUUCAAAAGAGCGUGCACGGACUGGGCAUGCGGCUGGGCUUGUCGGACGACGGCGUCGCGAGGGUCAUGGGGUUCCAGCGGCUGCAAAACGGCCAGGUGGGCGCGGCCGAGCUCACGGGCGUGAUCGCACCAGGCGAUGUGUUGGUAGGUAUCAACAACACCCCCACGGCGCGCAUCGUGUUCAAACAAGUGGUGGAAAUGAUCGGCGCAUCCAAGGACUACGUGCUCUUUACAUUUCACACGACGAGGCCGGCGCCGUUGUUUCCCCCAGCGUGCGUUGCCAAAACCAUCGAGCGGCGGUACCUCCCCGUCCAAGCCAAUACCGAUACCGAUGUCGACGAUGAGCCGGACGCGGCACCACCCUCAGUGUAUAUUCCAUACUCGUACGAGACAUUCGAGUCGACGUUAUCCGUGCAGUCGCGACGCCAAAAGGUAUUCACGGCGCUGGAAAACUACGCCGCGCCCACGGGCCCCGUGCAGCAUGUGCUCGCGGGUAUUAUGAAGGGCACGCUGGACCCACACGAACAUUUUGCGAGCUUUUUGCCCGUCAAGAAGACUUCGACUUUGUCGAAUGUCGUGGUGGUAAGCAAGAAUCCCACCGAGUUUGUCCCGUAUGAGCAGUCGCCUACGUUCAAAGGCGGCCGCACACUCCGACAGUACCAAGUGGAUGGACUCAACUGGAUGAUUUCGUGCUGGAAAGCCAAACGCUCGUGUUUGCUUGCGGAUGAAAUGGGGCUGGGGAAAACUGUCCAAGUUGUUUCGUUUCUUGAACAUCUUCGGACUGAAGAAGACAUUCGAGGUCCGUACUUGGUCGUGGUGCCGCUGUCCACGCUCCAGCAUUGGCGACGAGAGAUUGAAGACUGGACGGAUAUGAAUGUGUGCGUAUACCAUGACGUGGGUGAGCGUGGGACCAAGUUUACAGGCAAAGAUUUGCGCAGUUUGAUUCGGGCGCAAGGAUGGUACUACCCCAACAUGGAGCAGACCAAGUCCGUGUUCAAAUUCAACGUGUGUCUGACCACAUAUGAGACGAUCUUGGCGGACUUCGAAGAGUUCGAGGCGAUUCAUUGGCGGUUGCUGGCCGUGGACGAAGCCCACCGCCUCAAGAGCGCCGGAUCGCGGGUCCUCAAGCAGAUGCGCGUGCUUAACGUGGACCGCAAGCUACUGCUCACGGGCACGCCGCUGCAAAACAACACGCAGGAGCUGUGGGUGCUGCUGAAUUUUCUCGAGCCAGUGAUCUUUGACAACAUGGAAGACUUUAACGACAAGUACGGGCGGUUGCAUUCGCAGGAGCAAGUGAUGGAGCUGCAGCGCAUGCUCACGCCGUACUUGCUGCGUCGGGUGAAAGAAGACGUCGAGAAGAGCAUCCCUCCAAAAGAAGAAACGAUCAUCCAAGUCGAACUCACGACGUUGCAAAAGCAGUAUUACCGCGCGAUCUACGAGAAGAACCGGUCGUUUCUGUACCUGGGGACGCAGAACGGCCUCCCGACACUCAACAACCUCCAGCUGCAGCUGCGCAAGUGCUGCAACCAUCCGUUUUUGAUCAAGGGAGCGGAAGAGCGCGAACUCGAAGCGCUCGGCGGCAUGCCCGACGCGGAAACCCUGAUGCAAACGACGAUCCAAGCCAGCGGCAAGAUGGUGCUAGUGUCCAAGUUGCUGCCGAAAUUGAAGGCCGAAGGCCACAAGGUGCUUAUAUUUAGCCAGUUUAUUCGCCAGUUGGACCUGCUGGAGCGGUAUUGCGAGCACGAAGGGUUCAUCUACGAACGGCUGGACGGAUCGAGCAUGGGGUCGUCCCGUCAAGCGUCGAUCGAUCGCUUUUCCAAGAAAAACUCCAAGUCAUUUUUGUUUUUGCUCAGUACCAAGGCCGGUGGCGUCGGCAUCAACUUGAUUGCGGCCGACACGGUGAUCAUAUUUGACAGCGAUUGGAACCCCCAGAACGACCUGCAAGCCCAAAGUCGGUGCCAUCGCAUCGGGCAAAAGAAAAGCGUGAAAAUCUACCGCCUCGUGACCCGCAACUCGUACGAAAGCGAAAUGUUUGAUCGGGCGUCGAGAAAGUUGGGGCUCGAGCACGCCGUGUUGGGCACGGGGUCAUUUAGCGAAGCCCACGACAUGGAGCGACCUAGUGCCGAAAUGCUGCUCGAGUUGCUGAAAAAAGGCGCGUACGGACUCAUGGACGACGACGACAGCGCGUCUCGAUCGUUUGUCGAGCGUGACAUUGAAACGAUUUUAAAAGAAAACGCGCACGUCCGCGUGGUCAACAAACCGGUCGACGACGACGACGUGCAGCCCAAGAAGCCCAAGGGCAUGAUGGUAUUUGACAAGACUUCGUUCGUGGCCGAGGGCAGCACGGGCGACCUGAGUGUGAACGACCCGAGCUUUUGGGAAAAGGUGCUGGGGCACAUCAGCGUCGAGAUGCUGUCCAAGAAACUCGAGGACGGAUCGGCGUUGGCGUCGCGGCAGACCAAAGCCAAGUUUAUGGCGCAGCUGCAGCAAGCGCUGGGCCAGCUCAUCCAAGACGUGCGCGAGAACAAAAAGGAAAAGGAUGCGUUCUUCCAGCACGAGUACGAAGUCGCAGUCAAUAUGCUGCAGCGCCUCGCAGCUAUCAAGGACCAGUUCUCGUCCGAUCAACGCAAGGUGUUUGAAAAGUACAUGGAUCAAAUGGCCAAGUCUCGCGUGCGCAGCUGCCGAGUCAACACGGCGGCCGUGAGCUUGGACGAUGCGAGCUCGCCCGUCCGACGGCCCAUGAAAGCAACGGACGGGCGUCGGACACGAUGGAAAAAGCUGAAAAUCAGCCGUUCAAAAGCAUCUCCCGUCGAGUUUGAAGGCGCGGGCGGGGACGUGUGCACGUUGUGUGGCGAAGGGGGCGUGCUGCUCUUGUGCGAUGGGGCGUGCCAUCGGUCGUUCCAUUUGGACUGCGUCGGCUUGACAGACGAACCGACGGACGCCAAGUGGCUGUGCCCAGACUGCUCGGCGGGUAAACACCGGUGUCUGGCCUGUGGCAAAGUGGGCAAGAUGGGCUCGGAGCAAGGGGUCACGCAGUGUGCGAUGGCAAAGUGCGGUCGGUUUUACCAUCUCAGCUGCAUGCACAACACCAGUGCCCACGUGGAAUGGGUCGGAAAGAAGCGGUUCCGGUGCCCAAGUCACUUUUGCGCCGUGUGCGACAAGGGCGACUCGGCCAAGAAGCGGCUGCUUGUGUGUACACACUGUCCCAAGGGUUUCCACGUCAAGUGUUUGAAACAUCAGCGUCUGCUGCAACUGUCAAGUGCGUACAUGAUUUGUGCGGAUCACCUCGAGACUGGCAAAGGCACGUUGGUGCAAGGGGACGAAGACGAAUUCGAUGAGGACGACGACGGCGACGACGAAGUGGAGAAGGAUGUGAUGGACGAUCGAGGCGAAUCGUCCGAGGACGAAGCCCCCCUGGCUCUGUCCAAGCGAAACGCCAGCACCCGCACGAUCAAACGACCUAGAAAACUGGCGGAUGCUGCAGAAGAAGACGACCAACCGUUGAUGAAACGUACUCGGUUGUCCCCUGCCGCCGCCGCGACGACUCCCACACCACCCAACCAUGCUAGAGGGUGGACGCGGUCGGCGGUGGCGGCGGCAGGUGUGUCCUCGGACGAAGCCUCCGUGCACGACGACGACGAUGACAACGAUGUGUCGGACACUGAGAUGGUCACGCCAGUGAAAAAGAAACGUGCGGCGCCGAAAACCAAAACACCAGCAGCAGUAGGUCCCCCCCCUGCGAAACGGCGACCAAAGGCGGGUACUGUGGACGACGACGACAGUGACGUGUGUACCUUGUGCAAUCGACGGGCUUCGUCUGCGAUGCCGUUCGUGUCGCCGGCGGUUGUCGUCAACAAGAAGCCGGUACCGGUGCAUCAAGCUUGUCUCCCAUCAUCGUCCAAGCCGGCGCCAGCGAUCCAGAAAGCCAAAGCGACCGCGUGUGCCAAGUGCCAGCUCAAAGGCGCGUCCAUCCCGUGCCUGUCGUGCCGCCACGUGUUCCAUGUCCACUGCGCCGCCGCCGACAAGGGCGCGUUCGACGACUCGCACGAGUUUACAUGUCACUUGCAUCGAUGCAGCAGCUGCAACGACUGGGUAAACGAGGCCGCCGUGAUUUGCAUGCACUGCCUCGCAUGGUUUCACCCGACUUGUGUGGACACCAAGCCCGAAGACAGCUACUGCUGCGCCAAUUGCCUCGAGACUCCGACCAAGCGAAAGCGGCCAACUGACGACGACAAUAACGACGACCAAGUUCCUAGUGAGGCCGGCGACGAGACUCCAUUUAGCCGAGAAAACGCAGCGGACAAACAACCGGCGGCUUUGUCGCGGAGCUCCCGACGGGGGCGGCGGAGUGUGGGUGGUUCCUAACAAUUUAAACAAUAGCAACGCUAUACAUACCCAAGAAGUUCAUGAAAAC